AUGCUGCCUCGCCGGAUGCGCAAGAGCAGGUGCUGCAUCGCCGUCCUCGCAGUCAUCGCCAUCAUCGUCAUGCUGCUCGCUGCCGCCGGCGCCUUCGGAUACAAGAAGCUCAAGAUCACGCCCCUCGACGGAAAGUCUCCGCCGUGGUAUCCAACUCCAAAGGGCGGCUCCGUUCGCCAAUGGGCCGACAGCUACCAAAAGGCUGCCGAGAUGGUGGCCAGGAUGACGCUCCCUGAAAAGGUCAACAUCACCACCGGCACGGGAUGGAGCAUGGGGCUCGCGGUGGGAAACACGGCCCCGGCGCUGCUCGUGGGCUUCCCGGCGCUGGCGCUGCAGGACGGGCCGCUGGGCAUUCGCUUCGCCGACAACGCGACGGCCCUGCCAGCGGGCGUGACGGUGGGAGCGACGUGGAACAGGCACUUAAUGUACGAGCACGGCAGGGUCCACGCGCUCGAGGCCCGCGGCAAGGGCAUCAACGCCCUCCUGGGGCCUUGCGUUGGGCCCCUCGGCAGGAUGCCCGCUGGCGGGCGCAACUGGGAGGGCUUUGGCGCGGAUCCGUACCUCCAGGGCGUGGCGGGCUAUGAGACGAUCAAGGGCAUCCAGGACCAGGGCGUCAUGGCGACCAUCAAGCACUUUGUCGCCAACGAGCAGGAGCACUUCCGUCAGGCCUGGGAAUGGGUGCUGCCAAACGCGCUCUCGUCCAACAUUGACGACCGCACCAUGCACGAGAUCUACGCCUGGCCGUUUGGCGAUGCCGUCAAGGCCGGAGUGGCCAGCGUCAUGUGCUCCUACAACAUGGUGAAUAACUCGUACGCCUGUGGAAACUCCAAGCUGCUCAAUGGCAUCCUCAAGGACGAGCUGGGCUUCCAGGGCUUCGUCAUGUCCGACUGGCUGGCGCAGCGAUCCGGUGUCGGCAGUGCACUGGCUGGCCUGGACAUGAGCAUGCCGGGUGAUGGCUUGCGCUGGCAGGAUGGCAACUCCCUCUGGGGCCCCAAUCUGUCGCGCGCCGUCUUGAAUGGCUCGUUGCCGCUGGAGAGGCUCAACGACAUGGUUGUUCGUAUUGUUGCUGCGUGGUACCAGCUCGGUCAAGACGACGAGAAGCUGUUUGAUAGGAAGGGCCCCAACUUUUCAUCCUGGACCAAUGACAGAAUGGGCGUAACGGCCCCAGCCAGCUCGUCUCCUCAGGAAAAGGUUGUCGUCAACCAGUUUGUCAAUGUUCAAGCCAACCACUCCAUCUUGGCUCGUCAGAUCGCUGCGGAGGGAACCGUUCUCCUCAAAAACGAAGGAGUCCUUCCCCUGAGCGUCGACGGCCUUCUGGGCGGCGGCGGCGGCUCAAACUCAACCAAGCGAGAGGGCCAAGUGCGAAUCGGCAUCUUUGGAGAAGACGCUGGUCCCGGAAAAGGCCCCAACUACUGCGAGGACCGAUCGUGCAACCAGGGGACCUUGGCAUCUGGCUGGGGAAGCGGCGCUGUUGAGUUUCCUUACCUGGUAUCGCCCAUCGAAGCAUUGCGAAAGAAGUUUAACAAGGACAAGGUCAAGCUCACUGAGCAUCUGAAGAACGACGAGCUGGACACAGGCGUCAUCAAGAGUCAGGACAUCUGCAUGGUCUUUAUCAACUCGGACUCGGGAGAGGGUUAUCGCGCUUGGGAGGGAGUCCGCGGUGAUCGCAACGACCUCAAGCCGCAAAAGGGAGGCGUUGGCCUGGUGACCCACGUCGGGCUCAACUGUGGCAACGGUUCAGGGACGACCAUUGUAGUUUUACACUCCGUCGGACCUGUGGUCGUGGACCCAUGGAUCGAUAUGCCCGGCAUCAAGGCGCUGAUAUCCGCCAAUUUGCCUGGGCAGGAGAGUGGAAACGCGCUCGCGAGCAUCCUCUUUGGGGAGGAAAACCCCAGUGGCAAGUUGCCGUAUACCGUUGGAAAGUCCCUUAGCGACUACGGGCCGGGUGGCCAGGUUAUGUAUCUGCCCAACGGGGCCGUCCCUCAGCAAGACUUUAGCGAGGGCCUCUACAUCGAUUACCGGCAUUUCGACAAGUUCAACAUCGAGCCGCGUUACGAGUUUGGGUUCGGGCUCUCAUACACCAACUUUGACUACAAGAACCUCAAGAUCACGGAGACUAAGCCGAGAUCGCCGCUGCCGGAUGAGCGGCCUGCUGCGGAAGUUGAGCCCCCGAGCUUUGACACCACUAUCCCCCAAGCCGAAGAGGCAUUAUUCCCAUCAGGAAUUCGCAGGCUCAAGAAAUACGUGUAUCCGUAUAUCGAGUCUGUCAAGGACAUCAAAGAAGGUCAAUACUCUUAUCCCGACGGCUAUGACAAAGAGCAACCGCUAUCCGGCGCAGGCGGAGGCGAAGGCGGCAACCCCUCGCUCUGGGAUUCCCACGUAAUCGUAUCCGUGGAGGUGACCAACACGGGCAAGCUCGGCGGAAAGGCUGUACCCCAGCUGUACCUCUCCUAUCCCGCCUCAGAGACGGUCGACUUCCCGGUCCGGGUCCUGCGCGGAUUCGACAAGGUGUAUAUCGGAAAGGGGGAGACGAAGACGGUGGAGUUUUCGCUCACGAGGAGAGACUUGAGCUACUGGGACGUGGAGAGGCAGAACUGGGUGAUUCCGGAGGGAGAGUAUACAUUUGCUGUUGGUGAGAGCUCGAGAGAUUUACGAGUUUCGGGGACGUGGUGA